AUGUCAACAACGAAGCCGUUGGCGCAUGAGAAGCGCAAGGGUGAAUCUGCUCUUAGCGACUUCGCCGAAUACGUAGAGCAGCAGCAGAACCUACGAUACCCUACAGCAAAGACAACAGUUGUCACAACUACCGAAACCACUGACGCAAAUGCCGAACAUCACGAAGAGCUCGACGAACUGUUCGAUAAUCUCGAUCUUGCCGAUUCAGCACCUCGAGUUCCUCUCAAGCAACUUCUUCUUGAGUCGAGUGAGGACGAGGAUGAUGAGAACUUAAAGCAAUUGGAGAACCUCGUGUCCGACCGGUUGGAAGAAGGAUUUGGUGAAUGCGUCUUCGAGAUCGGAUACGAGAAUCAUGGCGACUCAAUGAAUUUGACACUCGAUCAAUGGAGCCAUGCGUACAAGACACUACAAAGAGCAGCGAACAGAGUGCGCGCCGAUUGCGAUCUCUUGUUGACCAAGAAUGUCGGUGGCGAUGUUGAAGCCGCGAGCACCAGCGCCGGUCCGGUCAAGGACAAGAGUUGUAGCGGCAAAGUCCUCAUACGGCAAACCCCUUCCACAAUAGAGGAUGUUAUUGAAACAAGAAUAGCAGUAGUAGGAAAUGUUGAUGCUGGCAAGAGUUCCAUGUUAGGCGUGCUCGUCAAGGGUGAUCUUGAUGAUGGGCGAGGAAAGGCGCGAGUUAAUCUCUUUCGGCACAAGCAUGAGAUUGAGACUGGUCGAACUAGUUCUGUUGGUAUGGAGAUCAUGGGUUUUGACACAACAGGCCAUGUUAUUACCUCAGAUACUCCAGGGCGCAAACUUUCUUGGGAAGAAAUCGGCAAGCGCAGCGCAAAGGUCAUCACUUUUACUGACUUGGCUGGUCACGAGAAGUACCUAAGAACAACCGUGUUCGGUUUGCUCUCCAGCAGCCCUAAUUAUUGUCUACUUAUGGUUGCCGCCAAUAAUGGUCUUAUCGGUAUGAGCAAGGAGCACCUCGGUAUUGCCCUGGCUCUCAACGUCCCCGUAAUGGUUGUUGUUACCAAGAUUGAUAUAUGUCCACCAAACAUAUUGGAGCAGACGUUGACGCAGAUCACAAAGAUCAUGAAGAGUCCCGGUGCCCGCAAGAUCCCAACCUUCAUCAAGACGCGCGAGGAGUGUAUCAACACAGCCACACAGUUUGUCAGUCAGAGAAUAUGCCCAGUGUUCCUUGUUUCCAAUGUAACAGGAGAGAAUCUUGAUCUGGUCAGGACAUUCUUGAAUAUUCUCCCUCACCACGGACGUUACAACUCAGAUGCCCCAUUCGAAUUCCAUGUCAAUGACACUUUCUCUGUGCCUUUCACGGGAACCGUCGUAUCUGGCAUCAUCAAGUCCGGCGUGAUCCACGAAGGCGACAACGUCCUUAUUGGACCUGACUCAUUGGGGCAGUUCAUCCCUACAGGUGUUAAGUCGAUUGAACGCAAGAGGAUAAGAGUACCCGCCGCAUCAGCGGGCCAGUCUGCCUCUUUUGCUCUCAAGAAGGUUAAGCGUAAGGAUGUGAGGAAGGGUAUGGUGGUACUCCCCAGAGUUGAAGGUCAGGUGACGCCCAAGGUGCAUCGCGAAUUCAUCGCAGAGGUCCUUAUUCUCUCUCAUGCCACUACCAUCAAGACCAAAUACCAGGCCAUGCUCCAUGUUGGACCUGUUUCUCAGACUUGUGCCAUAAUCGACAUCGACCGAGAACUCAUUCGCACAGGAGAUCGUGCAACAGUUGCAUUCCGCUUCGUUCAACGUCCUGAGUAUCUUGCUCCAGGUGAUAGACUACUCUUCCGCGAAGGCCGCACCAAAGGCCUCGGUAUAGUCAAGUCUGUUGGUUAUGACCCUGAGCACCCGUUGAUGCCCAGCAAGGAUGGUGACAAGGACAAGGAGAAGCAGCCUGUUAGCUCUGAGGUUAGUGUCGGAGCCUAA